UCUCCUGGACAUUGUUUGAUUUGGUUCUUCAGGAAAAGCUCUACUAGAAAAGAGGAAUCAAGGUCUUGUCUGAAAGCUCAUCAGUUAUUAUAAAAGUUGAUUUCUGUGCUUAUUUCAUUUAUGAAUAACUUUAGAAUUGAAGCAUCGCUUAUACCAUAUUUUGCGGAAUAUAAAGGAUAUAUAUAAUUCCAUAUAAACUAUCGUCUUGGAUUCACGAAGAUCAAGCAGUGUAUUUCAUCAUGUGGAGCGCAACACUAGAUAAUCGCGGGAGUGUCCACACACGUGUGGUUCACAGCCCCGAAUCGCAGCCCGGAGCAUGGUUUCCCUGCGAGUGCGUCAUGAGCUUGUUCGGCUGCAAGAAGGAUAAAAAUCAAUACCAUUAUCCAGAUGACUCAGUCCCUCCAACAGAUGGCAACCCCCGCCUAGUACCAGUGGUAGGGUCCCACGUCGAACAGCCUAAGGAAAACACACAGAGCUAUGUGGCACAGUCCACUGUAUCACCAGCAGAGCAGCCCUCACCUUCAUCACCAGUGUUAUCAGACAGAUUAGAGGGAACAGGGACACCGACAAUACAAAAUAGAGAGACUCAGUGGCAAUAUGAGGAAAUCACAUUAGUACGGGGUGGGGCGGGCUUAGGUUUCAGCAUCGCAGGGGGCACGGACAACCCCCACAUAGGAGAAGAUCCUAGUAUCUUCAUCACCAAACUUAUUCCAGGGGGUGCAGCAGCAGUUGAUGGAAGACUCAAAGUCAACGAUGUGAUAUGCAAAGUGAACGAAUGUGAGAUCCUCGGUGUCUCACAUCAGCAGGCAGUCGACGCACUCAAGAGGGCGGGCAACACGGUACACAUGGUCGUAAGGAGAUGGCCUAGGAAUCCUUCCACCGGUAAAACACUGACCAUCGAGCUUAUCAAAGGUCAAAAGGGGCUGGGCUUCAGCAUCGCAGGGGGUCAGGGUAACCAGCACGUCCCCGGAGACAAUGGUAUCUUCGUCACCAAGAUCAUCGACGGUGGUGCCGCCGAGCAGGAUGGGAGGUUGCAGGUCGGCGAUAAGAUCACAGCGGUUGGCGAUAACAACCUGGUAGAUGUGACCCACGAGGAGGCGGUCGCCGCCUUGAAAGCCACCAGCAACAGGGUGCUCCUAACGGUCAUCAAGAACGCAACUCUCCUCGCUGGGACACAGAUGGCGCCCUACACGCAGAAUGACGAGAGCGUCCAGCCCCCUGAUGUGUCCAAUGUCGACAUGGCACCAUCGGUCCCAGUUUAUGCAACGAUGCAGCCCACCCUCAUGCAAGAGCCGCAGCCCGCCGGCCUCCAAGAGAUCGACGGCGCCAACGGGGCAAACGGAGCUAAUGGGGAACCCCCAUCGUACAACAGAGCAACAAACUCACAACCACCAAACGCCUUCAACAACACCCACGCUCCAAAGAUCUUCAUUCAAAACGACGAUGGCAUUCCGAGGGAGCCCAGAACGGUCGUCCUUAACAAGGGAGCGACAGGCCUUGGAUUCAACAUUGUCGGAGGAGAGGAUGGAGAGGGCAUCUUCAUCUCAUUCAUCUUAGCCGGAGGGGUAGCAGAUCUCAGCGGUGCUCUAAGGAGGGGGGAUCAAAUCCUUUCGGUAAAUGGCAAAGACCUCGUCAAUGCAACGCAUGAAGAUGCUGCGUUAGCGCUGAAGGGAGCCGGCCAAGUGGUUACAAUAGAAGCACAAUAUAAACCAGAAGAAUACAACUGUUUUGAAGCAAAGAUCCAAUCAUUGCGUGAGGAGAUGAUGCAAAACUCUGUUAGUCCCACAGGAAGUCUUAGGACGUCGGCUAAGAGGACAUUAUUUGUCAGGACUCUGUUUGACUAUGAUAAGAAUAGGGACAGUGGUCUACCCAGUCAAGGCCUUAGCUUUGACUUUGGUGACAUCAUCCACGUGACCAACGCCAGCGACGACGAGUGGUGGCAGGCACGUCACAUUCUUCCCAACGGAGAGGAGGGAGAAAUCGGCAUCAUUCCAAGCAAGAGGAGAGUGGAGAGGAAAGAGAAGGCUAGGUUACGGAGUGUCAAAUUCACGGGUAACAAAGGAGGGAGCAACAACAUCACUGAGCCGCCCGGAACUGUGAAUAGCAAAGGCAAAAAGGGUUUCUUCAGGAAGUUCAAGAAGAAUAGGGACAGUGAUCAGGAGACAAGCGACCCAGAACUGUCAUCUUCAGUAAUAGUAUCAACAUCUUCACAACCAGCUUUCACAUCCAAUGCCAGUGAUAGCGAAAGUAGCUACAGGAAUGAGGAAAUAAUUCUCUCAUAUGAAGCAGUCGUCCAACAAGAAAUUAAAUACACAAGGCCUGUCAUCAUUCUUGGACCUGGUAAAGACAGGGUUAACGAUGAUCUCAUCUCGGAAAUGCCCGAUGAGUUCGGAAGCUGUGUACCACAUACAACGAGAGCGAGGAGACCUCACGAGGUCGACGGUCGGGAUUACCAUUUUGUAGAAUCCAGGGAACAGAUGGAGAAAGACAUCCAGAAUCAUCUAUUCAUCGAAGCCGGUCAGUACAACGAAAAUCUCUAUGGCACCAGUGUGGCAUCCGUCAAGGAGGUUUCAGAAAAGGGCAAACACUGUAUCCUAGACGUAAGCGGCAACGCCAUCAAACGCCUCCAGGUGGCCCAACUCUACCCCAUCGCCAUCUUCCUCAAGCCCAAGUCAAUAGAAUCCAUCAUCGAGAUGAACAGGAGGGUCUCGGAGGAUCAGGCGAGGAAGACGUACGAGAGGGCGCUCAAACUGGAACAAGAGUUCCUGGAAUACUUCACAGCAAUCGUUUUGGGAGACACCAUAGAUGACAUAUACCAACAAGUCAAGGAGAUCAUCCACGAACAAUCCGGCCCGACGAUCUGGAUCCCAGCGAAAGAAAAACUGUGAAAACGGCUACCUUCUCUUACCGGAAUCACAACAUGAAUUACCAAAUUUGUAUAUGUCAAGAGAAGAAAAAAGACAUUUUGACAACAUUGCACAGCCAUGUUGGAUAUUAGAGAUAUUUUUUGUACAGAAAAGUUUUAAUCGUCAUGGAAUAUUUGGGGAGGAAUUGUAUGUUACAAUUACUUAACCCCCUCUGAGUUUUAUACGCAAGAUGUCUCCGUUUCUACCCUGGUAGGAGUCCAUUAGGGUGCGGUACCGGAAUCUGAUCCGCCCUAUACCAAGAAUGCGCUCAGAAGGAGAUCAUAGUUUACGUUAUCGGACGUUUUCACCUUUUUUGAAGUAUUUUUGGAAGUAUUUGUUGUUUUUCCCCCCACAUUCUCAGCCUGUUCAAUCGGAGUGAAAAAUCACACUUUUGUCAUGAAAUUUGUGAACAUAUUUUUUGAAACGUAUGAUGGUGAAAUUACUCUCCUUGUUUUUGUAUUGCCAUUUUGCAAGAAAAAAAAGAUAUAUUAGUAAAUAUAUAUAUAUUAUGCCUAAGUAUAUACAGUAUACUCACUUAUAAAGGUGCAAGAUUUCAUUGUAGUUUGAUUGAUGCAGCUUACAAAAAAAAGUGAUGAAAAUUAAUUGGUCCCUAUGCGUGCAAAUUCCCGAAAUGUAUUAGAAUUCAAUUGAAAUUUUUUAGACCGAUAUCCUCCAUCUUUUAAUAGUAAAUACCUGUAGUUUGAGGUUAUGAUCGUGUCAAAUCUUUGGCCUGAGUGUGAUAAGAUUUGGUUUCCUAGGGAAUUGUCUGUUGUGUGCCCUUCACAGAUUAUGAAUAAAUCAAUCUAUAUUUGCAUUUUUUUUUACUUUUAUUAUUUGAUAAUGAUUUAGGAGAAUAGUAAAGUAAUGACAUGUUGUUACUUGUACCGUAAUUCUAUCAUGAUGUAUGAUACAAUCUUUUAUGUGGACCAAAUACUAAUCAUGAGUAACAUUUGUUUUUGUUUUUUGUUCUGUUUAUUUAAUCGUUGAUGGCAACUCUGUGCAAAAAAGCUUUCCGAGAUUUCUUCGAAUAAGAAUCAUUCUUACUCUUUUCUUUCUUUCUCUCUUGAAUUCCCCUUUCUUACAUUCUCUGUCUCCCCCUCCCCCACCUAUUCUGUGUACUUUUCUAUCUCUGUCACUGUCUCCCUCCUCUCUCUUUCUCCCUCUCCUUCCCCCUCCCCUUGAUAUCUCUGUACCCUACCAUAUCCUCUGUCCAUACCCCCCCCCUUCCUUCUUCGCCUCUCUCCUGUCUGCCCUUAUCUUUGACCCAACUUGUAGAAAGGAAAUGUUAUUCACAAAUUCCUUAUUUUCAUUCUAAAACUUAUAGAUUUCUGGGCACAACGUUGAGUACAGGUACUAUGACUCAUACAUCAUUAGAAUUGCCACCCCCCCCUAUGCAAGAUCCCUGGAUUAUCAAAAAACAUGAUUUUCCAUCUUACAAUCAGUGUAACUGAGCCAAAUUUUACCUUUUGGCAGAAAGUUUAAUUUUAUUCACUUAGGGCAGUCUAGAUCGAGACAAAUUAAUGUUCACAUCGUAAAUUCUGAAACCAAAGUGAAAGCAUAUAUAACAUGGCUAUAUAUCAAGUGUACAUCGUGCAUGUAUAAACCCAUACCUUUGUCAUAUGUAUGUACAUGUGUUCAUAUUGACAUACUGUUUAAUACAGAAAGCAUAAUAUGGUGCUAUAUAUGUACAUCUGUUCUGUUACAAGCAGUCCCAUGGCUUUCAAAUGUGUUGUACGAUCAUUGCAAAGGUAUCAAUUGUGUGUAUUCAAAUACAUAUAAAAAUCCCCAAGUAUAAUGGUUCCUAGAUUGCACUUAUGAGUUUGAUACAAAUUAUUUGGUUUGAUAACCUUGGUUAGCCAAAGCAAUUCGAGCUGCAUGGCCUCUUAAUUCUUGUUAUUUUUGGUUUAAAGAACAUUUGAUUUGCCAAAUAUUGUUAUAAUACUCAAGAAUCGGGCACAUUAGACCUCAAUGAAUGAUGACAUUGGGUUCUGCUGUUCGGCAAUAUAUCACAUCUUUUAUAUUGUUCAUUUCAGACAACAAAGCUGUCUCGUAGUGUUUGAGAGUCGGUAAAAGAGAGCUAUAGUGCCCGUAAUAGUACAUUGUAGGUAUAUCACAAAGAGUAAAUAAAGAGGAUUUGUAUAGCGCACAUGUCCACCUUGCUAGGUGCUCAAGGCGCUCCUAUAUUACCCCGGCUAAACUAGUCUACCGAUUCUGGUGCGCACAGCUUUUUGAGGAAUUACUUCCUGCCGGUACCCAUUUACCUCACCUGGGUCGAGUGCAGCGCAGUGUGGAUAAAUUUCUAGCUGAAGGAAAACACGCCAUGGCUAGGAUUUGAACCCACGACCCUCUGUUUGAAAGGUGAGAGUCAGAACCAGUAGACCACGACGCGCCCACAGUUAAGUGCAUCUUAAAAUUGCACUUGACUUCCCAGUUUUGUGUGGUAUUUGUUGAUGGCUCUUAUCCGUUGGCACUUAACCAUGACUUAACAUAUUCUUUGUGAACCACCCAAAUGGUGUUUUUUCAUGCGCAGUAAUGGCCACUAUUAAAGCAUGACUUUAUGUCAUAGAUAUGGAUCUUGUGAAACCACACCCAGGUGGGUGUCGAUACUCGAAUAUGGAAAAUAUCCUCAAACUUUUGAUGUAGAUUUAUUCGCACACAUCACUUCCAUUUGGAUUGAAAGAAGGUUUUAAUUAGAGAAGUGUUGACAUAAAGAGCAUUUGUAGAGGUACAAAUUUGCCACUAAGCAUGACUUUAUGUCAUACAUGUACUUCCAUAUUUUGUGAAACCACACUCAGGUGGGUGUCGAUAGUCGAAUAUGGAAAAUAUCCUCAAACUUUUGAUGUAGAUUUAUUUGAUUACAUCAGUUCCAGUUAGAUUUUAAGCAAGUCUUAAUCAGAGAAUGGCUUGAAUGUAUGGAAUUAGGUGCAUGUGUGAAGAAUUUGGCCCCUCUCAUUUUCCAGUAUACAAGUUUUUCUUGGAAGUCGGAAUAAAGAGUUAAAGCAAUGACACAAUCUAAUUGGGCACUAUAUUACUCAAGAAAAUUCAAGCAUCUUACUUUGGAGAAUGCGGAUUCUUAUUAAAGAAAUUUCUGAAAGGAAGGCGUUCAAGCUUUCCCAUAUUUCACUGAAAUGUAUUUUGCUUUGCAUAACAUUUGAUUCUUUUGUUUCACUCUGCAGAAAAAAUGUCAAAAAGCCAGCUUUCAUUUGCUGUAAAUAUUUGGAAAUGAACGUGCACUAGUUAUCAAUUAUUCAAGGCAUUUAUACAAGCAAGCACUUGGUUUUGUUUCACAUUUUCUCAUUCUCAACCACCACACAUUUUUCUUAUUUCUUGUUAUUCCCUCAAUAAUUUAUAUUUCUAAGGGUAGUGCGUAAUUUGGGGAUAUAUUUGAAUGUGAGAUGUACAAUUUUGACAAUGUUCAGGACAUCAAAAAAGAUUGUAUGGGAGUAAGUCAAAUCUUGUGAUUAUUUUUUCUUUAUGCUUUUAUCUUAUCAAGUCACAUAUUUAACUACUCUAUAAAUGUGCUGUUAACAACAUUCAUAAAAAAAGGAUAUAUUAAAAACAUUUUAGAUUUAAAAAUCGAUGAUAAAUAAUGCUCACCAAGUUUUGCGUUUUUUAUCAAAUAGAUGUGCAAGCAACAAAAGGGGGGGAAUAAUUUUCUCAUAAAUCUUUGAUUAAAAAAAGUUGAUAGAAUAUAUUGAAUUCAGCCUUUAUAUCUGCCCUAAAUCUUGUCUUAUGUCCAAUAUUCUGGAUCUCUCUAAGAUGAAUUUUGCUGUUUUUUGCAGUUUUAGGUGAUGGAAAAUAAUAAUUGUGUGUGCCCCCUCAUUCGCUAAAAAAAAAUAUAUUUUGUGUUGGGAUCGUUGAUGUACAUGUAGACACUCCCUUUUAUGCACGAAGCAUUUCAAAGAUUACGAUAACAUGACUGCCAUUAAGUGCCCCGCAGAUGUUAUAUAUUAUGUACUUAUCAAUAUUUCAUGUACGUUUGACUUUUUAUUUUAUUUUUCUUUUAUUUUUUGUCUCUUUCCAUUUUUCCAGAUAUACAAUGUGUAUGGGAGUUGUAGCACAUGUCAAAAGAGAGUGAGAGAAAAAAAUGACACAAAAGAUUGUGAUUGUAUAUUCAUCAUAUGUUGAUAUUUAAUUACUAGCAUGCAAAUGAAGAAUUAUAUGUUAUGUAGUCAUUUAUGAUUAUUGUAUAAUGUUUCUUUCUUUCCAAGGAAGGUUAAGUGUUGUACAAAUAAAAAGUAGACAUUUUGAAAUAAACUCAA